ACUUGCUGCAGCUCUUCAUUCCAGGAAAAAGAGAAGGCUCCGUCCGCUGUCGCAAGCUCAUGAGACCCCAGGCCCAUACGAGCUCUGACGUGCGAUGGGUCAUGGAAUGGAUUCUCCUGUGGUAGCACAGCUCUUCCGGAAGCUGUUUCGACAUGCAGCCUGCCAAUCGAGGAGGUAUCUAUGCACGGCCACUUCGACAACCCAAGCUGCCACCUUCGGCGCAUCAUCCCCUCACCAUGACCGUCGAACACGCCAGCAGCGCCAGCAGCCGCAACAGGCUGGGCACAAACAGCAAAGGAGGACGAUGGCCACUCGGGACACGGCCCGUGGGCAGAGGCCGCUGGAGAAGAAUAAUGAGUCCAAUUGGCAGCAACGGACCGAGUUGUUCUCACUCGACAUGUCCGAGGAAUACAAGAAAUACCCUACCGUAACUGCCAACGAAUUGCGAUCGCGGACGGAACGGCCCAGGAAGGUCAAGAUGUUAAUGCGGGACUUUAUAGAAGACAGUUUAUAUAAUCCCCAUUAUGGGUACUUCUCCAAGCAAGUCGUCAUCUUCAGCCCUGGGGAGCCCUUCAACUUCAAUUCUUUUCCCGACGAACCGACCUUUCAUGCCGAAGUAGGACAGCGGUAUACGGAAUUCGAAGACGCCCUCGAUGCAAAGGAGCACGAUGAUACUCGCCAGCUCUGGCAUACGCCAACAGAGCUGUUUCGCCCUUACUAUGGAGAAUCCAUCGCACGAUACCUCAUGUCAAAUUACAUCAUGUCGACAUAUCCCUAUCACGAUCUGAUAAUCUACGAGAUGGGUGCCGGGCGAGGCACGCUGAUGCUAAACGUCUUGGACUAUAUCAGAGACGUCGAACCAUCCGUCUACGACCGGACAAAGUACAAGAUCAUCGAAAUUUCCCAAUCACUAGCCACUCUGCAGACAUCGCAGAUGAUGGCCGACGCUGCAAGCCGGGGCCACGCAUCCAAAGUAGAGAUUAUCAAUAAAUCGAUAUUCGACUGGAACUUCCGCGUGCCCUCUCCAUGCUUCUUCCUUGCCAUGGAGGUAUUUGACAACUUCGCCCAUGACAUCGUGCGCUACGACCUGACCACCGAGGCGCCCCUCCAAGGCACCGUACUGAUCGACGAGGUGGGCGAUUUCUACGAGUUUUACGAGCCUGUGCUCGACCCCGUCGCCGCGCGAUACCUGCGCGUACGACACGCCGCCACCGGAGGCCGAUACGCAGCCCCCUAUAGUUCGAGCCGUAUGCUGCGAACGCUCAAGAGAAACCUGCCCUUCUCGCCAAAUCUAAGUGAGCCCGAAUACAUACCGACGCGGCUCAUGCAUUUCUUCGACAUACUGGAGAAAUACUUUCCCGCACAUCGUCUCGUGACGAGCGACUUCCACACCCUGCCAGAUGCCGUCAAGGGUCUCAACAGUCCCGUGGUGCAGACAAGGUACCAAAGGCGCAUGGUGCCUGUGACUACGCCUUUGGUUCACCAGGGAUAUUUCGACAUCCUAUUCCCUACCGACUUCCGCAUCAUGGAGGCCGUGUACGGCGCCAUAACCGGCAAGUUAACGCGUGCCAUGUCCCACGAGGAGUUCAUGCGCUCCUGGGCCUACAUCGAGGACACGCAAACCCAGAGCGGCGAAAACCCUCUGUUGAGCUGGUACAAAAACGCCAGCAUGAUGCUCACUGUAUAAUACCGUACUCCAUAACCGUCCACGUAGCACACAGAAAGACAACAUUGCCCAUUCGCAAUGUCAUGUAGCAGUACAAUAAGAGCAGCAAAAUUGCAGCACCAGCGCAUCCUUGCCGCCAUUUCAGACGACGGUCAAAGCUGGGCUUAGGAUGAGGUGGAAGAGACGUGAUAGCGAGACUACCUACUUCCGACAUGUAUAAAGACAUGAUAUUAGCACUAAGCUCCUAGUAUCUAUAAAAUUUAUAUCAAUGUUCACAGACUUCGACUAGAUUUCAAUGAAGAUCAUUCACCACACACACACAGAUAGCUCUGUAUAUAUAUCUGUCUGCUAUGCUGCUAACUACUAAAAU